AUGUCUACCAACACUGGUUGGCAAUUCCAAUGUUUUAACACAACGUGUUUACCGUAUGCCACUAUUAUUGUACCGAACAUCCGCCGAUGUCAAAUGGCUUGUUUAGCUCAAGUUCAUUGUCACGCAGUCACUUUUCAUCGGUCGCCUUCUGAUUGUGAAUUGUUUGCUGAUAUAUCAAACCAGAAUGGCAAUCUAUUAGCUAAUAUGGAUGCUGUUACGAUGAUUGUCAUUGAUGGUACACGAGUACCACCAGAACCGACUACGACAUCAACAACCACAUCAUCAUCUACUUCAUCAUCAACAUCAACAUCAACAACAUCAUCCACGUCAUCAUCCACAUCGUCAACAACAACAACCACUACUACUACUUCGUCAUCGACAUCAUCCACAUCGUCAACAUCAACAACCACUACUACUACUUCGUCAUCAACAUCAUCCACAUCGUCAACUACAUCAACAACAACAACUACAACUACUACUUCAUCAUCAACAUCAUCAACAUCGACAACAACCUCAUCAUCAACAUCGACAACAACCUCAUCAUCAACAUCACCAUCAACAUCGUCAACAUCAUCAACAACCACUACUUCAACAUCAUCAACAUCAUCAACAACAACAGCCGGUCAGUAG